ACUUAGAAGUCUUUUUUUUUACCUCUUUUUUCCUUCUUUCGGUUUUUCCUAAGUGAAACCAGAGGACAAACGAAAAGCAAAGAGAAGUUUGUGAUCCUACUUCUCCUCUCCGCCUUCCUCGAUGGUUCGCAAGCGAUUUCAUGAUGUCAGAACAGGUGCUUUGGUGGCAAAAUCAUUCGAUGCCCAGAAAUAUCUGAAGAGAGUUGGGUUAGGAAAAGAAGACUAUCACUUCUGGAAGCAAGUUGGCAAGGCGUUGCUUUGUACUUACACUUUGUUCGGCGUAGCGUGGUUAUGGAAUGAGACUUCGCCACUUGGUUGGUGGACCCUGAAACCCAAGCCAAAGGAAGAAAAAGAACUAGCACACCUGUAUGAACGCCGGAAAUUUCCAUAUCCAGGUGAUGAGAAGGCAAUGGAGGAGUUUAUUGCCAAAGGUGGGAUGAUUGGUACCACAAUUGGUCCUAAGGGCGUUGUUGAAUCCGAUAAAGAUUCCUAUAAUUUUCAGAAAGCAUUGCAGGAUAAGAAAUUUGAUCAAGAAGCCUUCAAGUUGUGGAUGAGGAUGAAGAAUGAAGUUAUUUCGGAGCUCCAAGAGAAAGGGUUUGAUGUAGAGUGAGUGAAUAUAGUUACUUCUUGCAAGGGGAGCCUUGGUGCAACUAAUAAAGUUACUGCCAUGUGACAAGGAGGUCACGGGUUUGAGCCGUGAAAACAGCUUCUUGCAGAAAUGCAGGGUAAGGCUGCGUACAAUAGACCAUUGUAGUCCGAACCCUUCCCCGGACCCCGUGCAUAGCGAGAACUUAGUGGGCUGCCUUGCAAUCAGAUUAUGUGUUGUAUGCAUUAGUUAGAAGUGUGAUUUUGUGUCAAACUUAUCAGACAGCUUUGAAGUUCUUGUUAUCAUAUUUUUCUGCUUCUUUUUCGCGA